AUGUUGUCUGUGGUUACACUUCUGGCCCUCGCUGCUGCAGUUCAAUCUGCUCCGGCUCCUCCAUCUAUCCAGUCGGUCCCAGCACCAGAAAUUAUUGGCGCUACCCAAUUCACAGCACCAGCUGUUAAGAACCCAGCGUAUGUCCGUAAUGGAACUGCUGCUCUUCUCAAAGCAUAUGCCAAGCAUAAUCUUGUGCCUACUCAGGAGUUCUCUGCUGCUUUUUUAGCCGAGUUGAGCCAACUUAAGAAGCGUCAAGAUAGUUCGGCCACGGCAGUUCCAUAUCAGGGUGCGGAAUAUCUGGUCAGCACGACUGUUGGAGGUCAGAAGUUGAACCUCGACUUCGACACGGGAUCAGCAGAUUUAUGGGUAUUCUCAAGUUCUCUAUCAACCGCAAGCAAGCAAGGUCACAACGUCUACACCGCAUCCAAAAGCUCCACCUACAAGUCCCUCAGCGGCUACACCUGGAGCAUCCAGUACGCUGACGGAAGCGGCGCCUCUGGAACGGUAGGAACAGACACCGUAACAAUCGGCGGCACAACCGUCAAAAACCAAGCCGUCGAGCUCGCCACAAAGGUCUCCUCAUCCUUCGUCUCCGACGGCUCGGACGGUCUCGUUGGUCUCUCAUUCAGCAACAUCAACACUGUCCAACCAGUUCAACAAAAAACCUUCUUCGACAACGCCAAAUCCUCUCUCGCUUCUCCCCUCUUCGCAGCCUACCUCCCCCUUAACGCCAAUGGCGCCUAUGACUUUGGAUACCUUGACACCACAAAAUAUAGUGGCACUCCCGUCUACGCUGCCGUCUCCUCUGCUGGCGGCUUCUGGGAAUUUCCUUCUACAUCUUAUAAAGUCGGAUCGACCGUCCACAGCACCUCAUCCUCCGUCACCGGAAUCGCUGAUACUGGAACCACCCUCAUCCUCAUGACCGACGCCGUCGUGUCCGCCUAUUACGCGCAAGUAUCCGGCGCAAAGAACACUGCUGAUGGUUACACAUUCCCAUGUUCCGCUACCCUUCCAUCUCUGAGUUUCAGGAUCGGAAGCACAAGUUACGCAACGAUUCCUGGCAAGUUGUUGAACUUCCAGGUGUACAGCGGAAGCACUUGUUACGGAUCCCUCCAGAGUGUCGGUGGUGGCUCGCAGCAUAUCUAUGGAGAUGUGUUUUUCAAUGCUUACUACGGUAUCUUUGAUGCUAGCCAGCCGAGGUUCGGCUUUGCUGCUAUCAAAUAG